AAGCGCUCUAACCACGUCCUGCUCGCCCCGCCUGCCGCAGGUUUCCAAUUGAUUCUGUUCGCGGAAACUCAGAUACUUCUGCCAUAUGAAGUCGAACAUGGCAGAAGAAGACGACUACAUGUCUGAUUCCUUCAUUAAUGUCCAAGAAGAUGUCCGACCAGGCUUGCCAAUGCUGAGGCAAAUCCGGGAAGCCCGACGCAAAGAAGAAAAGCAACAGGAAGCUAAUUUGAAAAAUAGGCAGAAGAGUUUAAAAGAAGAAGAACAAGAGAGACGUGACAUCGGGUUGAAGAAUGCACUAGGCUGUGAAAACAAAGGGUUUGCUUUGCUCCAAAAGAUGGGCUAUAAAAGUGGUCAGGCCCUCGGCAAGAGUGGAGAUGGUAUUGUUGAACCAAUUCCCCUCAAUGUCAAAACAGGGAAAAGUGGCAUUGGUCACGAGGCAUUAUUAAAACGGAAAGCAGAGGAAAAAUUAGAAAGCUACAGAAAAAAGAUUCACAUGAGAAACCAAGCUGAAGAAAAAGCUGCAGAACAGUUUCGAAUGCGACUUAAAAAUAAGCAAGAUGAAGUGAAGCUAGAAGGAGAUCUCAGAAGAAGCCAGAGAGCCUGUCAGCAGUUGGAUACUCAGAAGAAUAUUCAGGUUCCCAGAGAGGCAUGGUACUGGUUGAGGCUUGAAGAGGAGACUGAAGAAGAGGAAGAAGAAGAGCAAGAUGAAGAUGAAUAUAAGAGUGAAGAUUUAAGUGUAUCGGAAAAAUUACAAAUAUUGACUAGUUAUUUAAGAGAAGAACACCUGUAUUGUAUUUGGUGUGGAACAGCCUAUGAAGAUAAAGAAGAUCUGUCUUCAAAUUGCCCAGGACCAACUUCCGCAGAUCAUGACUAGAUGAUUCUCAAUAAAGUAGAAGCUUGGCAAAUGUUAUUGUUUCCUAAAGAUAAACAGUUGAGCAGUUAGAACUCCCAAACUUUUGAUGCCAGUAAAGGAGGGACUUUAUAUAUUUUGUAUAUUAUAAGUACUUUGUACUUUAGCAUAUAAUUGUUUACUGACUUUAGAAACAUAAUGGAAUAGCAUUUCAGAACACAAGUAUUGUAGACAUGGGCAGUGACAAUUUAUGACUCUGUUUUGAUGCUUACAGGAUUUAGAUACCAACUAGGAACUCUCUUAUUCCCUUCUUCACUUUGGAACAAAUUGAGAAAUAAGACGUGGGAGUUAGAGAGAGAGCAAAAUAGAAAUAUCAGCUUUAUUAUCAAUGAAGCUGAAAUGGAGAGCAAGUUGACUUGUCCUACGGUCAGGCUCCCUGAGAGAUCGCCGUAUCUGGAGAGAACUGCAGACCUGGCCUCUCAGGGACUGAGCCCAUCUUUGUGUUUGGAGACCAGUUAGUUCUUAAGGUGAGAGACCCAACCCACCAGGGGUAGGUCACCCACGCUCAGUUCCUUUUCCCAAAAUCACUCAUCAGAUGAGACACCUCUGUGUUAUGAGGGAAUGAAUAUGGAUUCACAGAGCUUGUUCCCAUUCUUCGCUCUUCCAAAGAGCAAGAAGAAGGUCCCUUCCCUCCAUGCAAGCAUGGAGAGGAGAGGAAAAGUAUCCCCCUCAGUAAGAGAGAUGUCAGAGGCAAUGUUCCAUUAAUAGUACUGAAUUCUUUUCAGUUUUAGAAAUAAAGUAAUUAUGAUAUGCUGUA